CUUCAUCUCUCUGCCUGUACCAUCAUCGUUUUCAUUCCAUCUUAUCAAGCGGUAGAAGCAUUCUGCUAUUGUCUUGGGAUAAAUUCAGUAUCAUGAAGUUACUCCCAGUUGCUCUUGUUCCUCUUUCCUUCUACCUACACAAAGCCUCCGCCGUGACAUGGUACUUCCUGCGAUGGUACACCCCUGACAGCUCGGUCGAGUUCACCGAGUUCUCUAUGGACAUGGUAGUCCCAACGCUUCCAGAAGCAGCAACAUAUUAUCUAUGGCCAGGACUUCAAGAUGUCGGAACAUCUGGAGUCUACCAAGAGGUCCUUGAUGGCAGAUCCGGAGAUUGGUGGAUUGGAGCUGGCUGGUGCUGCAGCGACCCAACCUUGUCCUGGGGCAGUGGAUUCAAUGUGGCUGCUGGAACUACUGUGGCUAUCAAUAUGACACGAGCUGUGCCCAAUUCUGCGGAUUGGACCUCUGUCAUCACUCAAGGCACUCAAACGGUGACGGACACUUUCCCGCUUGCCUACAAGAACAUGAAUCAAGCUCUCUUGGCAAUUGAACUGUACGACGUGACCUGGAACUUUGGACAGCUCGUUUGGAACAAUGUACAAAUGGUGGUAAACACUACAGAAACAUCAUGGUGCACAAGCGCGCCUGAGAAUUACGACUCUGCAACAGCUUAUACAAUGACGACUCCGGUGGUGAGUACCUCUGGGGGCAUAACUACCUGUACUAUUGAGCAGAUUGUGAUGGAAAGUCCUGCUUGAUGUGGGAUGAAAUUGAGCAUCCUGGUGUUGCCUGAUGCGUGGUCGGGUACGGUAUUGGCGUGGUUUGAGACUCUAUUCUACACGGAGAUGUGAUAUCAGAAAUUAUGUUUGAACGUAUCAUAAAACAUGUUCUAAGUUGCAAAUCAUAUUUUGACUACUUCUUCAUUGCGUCUUAUGGGAUACAAGAAUUAAAGGGGAAAUUCUACCUAGGAAGUUUUUAAGCGAGCUUUUUUCAAGCUCAGGUUCACUGUAAUUUAGCGAGUCUGGGCAACUUUAGGC